AUGGAAGGCAGCGAGGACACGAUUAGUGUUAAGGUAGAGCCGAAUGAUACAUGGGCUGAUACAGGCGACUACUAUAAUUUCGAUUCGGUGGACUGUAGCGAAGUAAAAGACGUUAAAACAUUCACGUUUCAUGAAUCAACGGCAAAUCGCAUGAAUGAGGUUAAGUCGUUACAAGAUGAGGUAGAUAAAAAAAUAUUUAUAGAUUUCGAGUGUAAAAAUGUUAAAUCUGAACUAAAGUCUCUGACGACAACGAUCUGCAAAUCUGAGCAUCAAAAUAUUCAACCUAUUUUCGAAUGUGAGAUUUGUCACAAAUCAUUUAGAGAAAAAGGUCACCUCAAUAAACACAUCAAUUCAGUACAUUCUCGUAAAAAACCUUUCGAGUGUGAGAUUUGUCAUAAAUCAUUUGGAGAAAAAGGUACCCUCAAAACUCACAUAAAUAAAUCAUUUGGACAAAAAAAUGCUCUCAAAACUCACAUUGAUACAGUACAUAAUCAAAGCAAACCAUUCGAGUGUGAUAUAUGUCACAAAACAUUUAGCCGCAAGGAUCACCUCAAAUCUCAUGUAAAUACAGUACACAAUCGAAGCAAACCUUUCGAGUGUAAUAUUUGUCACAAAUCAUUUGGACAAAAAAAUGCUCUCAAAACUCACAUUGAUACAGUACAUAAUCAAAGCAAACCAUUCGAGUGUGAUAUAUGUCACAAAACAUUUAGCCGCAAGGAUCACCUCAAAUCUCAUGUAAAUGCAGUACAUAAUCGUAGCAAACCCUUUGAAUGUGAGAUUUGUUACAAAUCAUUUGGAUACAAGAAUAACCUCAAUAAGCACAUAAGAUCAGCACAUGAUCGUAGCAAACCUUUCGAGGGUAAUAUUUGUCACAAGUUAUAUGGACGCAAGGAUACCUAGGAUCGUGAGAUUGUCACAAACUAUUCAUAUAAAAUGAGAA